AUGCCGCAGAAGUCGGUCAAAGGGUGGGCUAUCUGCGAUCUCAUGGAUAGCCAUCCGCUGAGGACGAAAACUGACCUGUUCGAAGAUUUGCCAGAUGAACCCCCAGAAGUCAACGUGACUUCUCUGGUAGAAGUUUGGCGGAUGUUCUUCGACGAUGCAUCUCGUGUCGGCACAAGCGAAUCUAUCGUUGCAGAAGUAGGGGUGGUCCUCACUUCCCCACAUAACCACGUAUUACCCCAGGCCUUUUCUCUAACAGAGCCAUGUACCAACAACGUGGCUGUGUAUAAUGCGCUACUCAUUGGACUCGAGCUGGCAAGAGAGUUAGAGAUAAAACAUCUCAAGGCCUAUGGCGACUCUCAGCUCAUUGUCAAGCAAAUGACAGAGGAAUAUGAAGUUAGAAAUAACGACCUGAUCCCGCUUCACAAAGCAGCUACCAAGCUAGUUGAGUCAUUCGAAAACUUCCGCAUUGAGCAUGUGCUUCGUUCUAAGAACACGCACGCAGACGCCCUCGCAUCCUUAGCGGCUAAUUUGGCUCAGCCACUAGAAACGACUCAAUGUGUCACUGUAGUGAGCGGACGACUCUUUCGACCAAAAGACGUUCUAGAGGUGAACACCACUCACCAAGUUUCGGAUCAACCCGACCCGAAAGAUUGGCGUCUCACGAUCAUCGAUUACAUCUUGUAA